AUGACCUUUCCCGAAAUAGAAACCGUAGCCAUCGUAGGUGCCGGCCCUGGUGGUCUUGCAUCGCUCUAUGAAUUCCUCCAUCUUAACAAGGAUGGAAGUUCAACCGUUGGUUCGGCUCCGUCAGCCGACCCGAAGUUUGCAGUCACCGUGUUUGAGCAGAAAUCAAGUGCCGGAGGUAUUUGGGCCCCCAGUGAAGAGGCAGACUUGCCUGUCCCUCCACAACAUUUGUUGGACACUGACCGGUACAACGAACCGGACGUCAUCCACCCAAAGGUCCCCAUCCCAGAGGAGGUCCGUGCCGAUGGAAGCGCCGCCACCUACAACUCUCCAUAUGUCACCCAGCUGAAACAACUCGAUCGUGAGCUUGAAUGGAAAAGAAGUGGGGUGUAUCCAGACUUGUUCACCAACAUUCCUUCGAGAUUUAUUCGGUUCCUGUACCAGGACAACGAGCCAGAGUACAAUGACAAGAAGCGGGCCAUCUACCCAUUCCUCACUCAAAAGGAAUUGGCUCUGCGGUUUACCAAUUUCAUUGCCAAGGAGCAACUCUCAAAGCACAUCCGCUACAACACAAGGGUUGAAGAAGUCACCAAGGAUCAAGCCCGUGGCAAAUGGAUCAUCACUGUGCGUGAGACAAACGAGAAGGCAGGUACUGAAAGUUGGUACAAGCAAGAGUUUGACGCAGUGGUGGUGGCCAAUGGCCAUUACACAGUGCCCAACUUCCCCCGGUUGAAAGGGUUGGCCGAGUUCAACCGUAAGAACCCAGGCGUGUUGAUCCAUGCCAAGUCGUACCGAGACCUGAACAUCUUCCGGGGCAAGCGUGUGUUGGUGGUUGGAGGAGGAAUCUCUGCCGCCAACUUGGUUCAAUACAUUUUCCCCUUGGCCCUGGAAACUGUCAUCACUCGUAGGGGUCCACAUCUUGUAUUCCCCUGGAUUGAUCUGGGAUUGGAAUCCCCUGGUAUAGUGACCAAGCCUCCUAUUCAGGAGUUCCAGGACGAUGGGUCGGUUGUCUUUACCGAUGGCAGUGUGGCCGACAAGUUUGACGUGGUUCUCCUCACCACGGGGUACCAUUACCAUUACCCAUUCUUGGACAACUACUUGAAGGUUGUUGAUCCUUCCAAUUUGAGUAGAGUUGCCGGGCUUUACCAGCAAACAUUCUCCAUCGAUGACCCAACGUUGGCGAUCGCCGGGGUUGCCGUUUCCGCCAUCAACUUCCACACCAUCGAGGCCAGUGCUGCGGCCAUUGCCGGGGUUUGGUCUGGUGCCAAACAACUCCCUCCACGCGAAGAGCAACAGAAGUGGGAGACCGACAGAGUUGCUGCGUUGGGCGACAACUUGUUCUUCCAUUACUACCCCUAUGCGACGGUUGAGGCCGAUUACAUUGCCCAAUUGCACGCAUAUGCGGCCCAUGGCAGACCUAGUCCGUUUGUUGAGGACGGCAAGUACGUGGCAGACGUUGGUGUUGGGCUUGACUAUUUGGAGCAAUUGUUCUACAAGUUGAAGGAGGGCAAGUUGACCAUCGAGGAGACGAAGUAG